AUGAAAGCCGAUCGACAAAACGAGAAACAGUUGCGGAAUUGCAGUGAUCAAAAGGAUGGCCGAACACUCUCAUGUUACACAUGUCUGGGAAGAGAUUUGGAGAAUUGUGAGCACGGACUAUCUUGUUGUAAAGGAUCAUGCUUUAAACUGGUCGACAAAAAGCACGAUGUGAUCAUCAAGGGAUGCACUGUGGCCAAUGAAGAAGAUGCUUCGAUGAAGAUGCGAACCCUCUCGGUGCCACUCUAUUGGGCAAAGGAUGAAUUUGUGACUGGUGAAUCGUACUUUUGCAAAUCGCAAGAUUACUGUAAUGGUGUCUCAUCAACAUCUCCUUAUUUCUUGCUCCUAAUGUUCGCCUUAACGAAAAUCGUUUUU